UAGCCUACGUAAUUUUUUCAAACCUAAGCUUUCAAAAGCGACAACAACUACUGAGCAAGAACCAAGGAUUGAAAAUGUGGACCAUGAAAAGCCAGAGAGCACCGCCAAAACGGCUUCUCACCGGCAAAACACGGACGCACGUACACACGUUCUUUUUUUCUCCCCUUUUUGUCAUACUGGAGGAAUAAACGCUGAGGAUUGACUUAACCAGAGUGCAACGUCUGACUGCCUUCCUCCUUGAUGUCGUUUUAACCAGGAGUGUUUUUUGCUUAAGUGACGGAGGUGUGUGCUGUGUGGCCAAGACAAGCCAGGAGUCCUCCCAGACAGCAGGGGGCAGUGGCUGACAUGCAGGAGCCGAGCCUGGAUGGCAAAAUGCCAAAACAGGAGUAUAAUUCCAAGACUCUGGAUGAACAGAAAGAGAACGAUGACACAUCUGAGAAGACAUCCCCAAAUGAAAACCUCAAAUCACCACAGAAAGGCUCCAAAAGACAAAAAGUGACACAAUUUAAAGUAGAACUCCUGGAUAUGUCGGAUUACAAAGGAGAAAUUGAGAAACACUCCAAAGGACAGGCACUGAUAGAUAUGGUGUGUGAGCACCUCAACUUGCUGGAGAAGGACUAUUUUGGCGUAACCUUUGCAGACACAGACACCCAAAAGAAUUGGCUGGACCCCUCCAAGGAGAUCAAGAAACAGAUGCGUAACAGUCCAUGGCACUUUGCCUUUGCUGUCAAAUUCUACCCUCCAGACCCCUCCCAGCUCACUGAAGAUAUUACCAGAUACUACCUAUGUCUGCAGCUGAGGGAUGACAUGCUGUCAGGUCGACUGCCGUGCUCGUUUGUCACCCAUGCUCUCCUGGGCUCCUAUACAGUCCAAGCUGAGCUUGGCGACUAUGAUCAUGAUGAGCAUGUAUUGGACUAUGUCAGCGAUUUCCAUUUUGCUCCCAAUCAAACUCGUGAACUGGAAGAAAGAGUGAUGGAGCUCCAUCGAAACUACAAGGGUAUGACUCCAGCUGAGGCAGAAAUUAACUUUUUGGAGAACGCAAAGAAAUUGUCCAUGUAUGGGGUAGACCUGCAUCAUGCUAAGGAUUCCGAGGGGAUUGAAAUAAUGCUGGGUGUCUGUGCUAACGGCCUAUUGGUAUACCGUGAUAGGCUGAGGAUCAAUCGUUUUGCAUGGCCAAAGAUCCUUAAAAUCUCCUACAAGAGGAGCAACUUUUAUAUCAAGAUAAGACCUGGAGAGUAUGAGCAGUUUGAAAGCACUAUUGGUUUUAAGCUACCUAACCACAGAGCUGCCAAAAGGCUAUGGAAAGUCUGCAUCGAGCAUCACACCUUCUUCCGGUUAGUUUCCCCAGAGCCUCCUCCUAAGGGUUUCUUGGUGAUGGGCUCAAAGUUCCGAUACAGUGGGAGAACGCAGGCUCAAACAAGACAGGCCAGUGCUCUUAUAGAUCGACCUGCUCCUCAUUUUGAGCGGUCCACUAGCAAGAGGCACUUACUCUCCAGAAGUUUAGAUGGAGCAGAGUUCUCCCGGCCAGUGUCAGGCAUGUGUGAGAAUCACGAUGGCCUCUUCCACCACAGCAAUAGUGAACAGCGUCAUCUCUACAGCCCCUCUUUGGAUGAGCAGGAAACUGAACUGGAGCCCAGCUUGGAACAAGACGAGGAGGAUCUGGACCAGGAAGAAGGCGAUGAUGGAAAUGUCACUCCAAGCAAGAAGAAAGAAAUUGUGGAGGAGGCUGGGUCACCAGUUGACGGUAAACAGGAGUUUCUCGAUAAGACACAGGAUGUCUUGCUGAAGCACCAGGCCAGUAUCAAUGAGCUUAAGAGAGCCCUGAGGGAACCCAACAGCAAGCUGAUGAGCCGUGAGAAGCGUCUGUCAGCAUCAUCGCCACCUAGCACACCAGAGAAAAAGGCUUUUGCGGGAAAAGACCCUGUUAACAGCCUGUCUGUUGAGGGGUUCAUCCAGAAGAAUGUCACGACUUCACCUGAGGGCUCUGAGGAUUGGGUAUUGAUUGAAUACCCAGAAAGUUAUCAAGACCAUGACUGGAAAGCGAAGGAAAAUAAGUCUCCCACAUCUGAUUCGUCUUGGGACAGAAACAAGCAGGAAAAAGAGAUAAAUGUUACCAAGAUAAUGCAUAUCGAUGUAAUGGAGUCUGACAGAAAAGAAAUGAAACCCCAUAUUGAUGAAUUUCCAUCAACAAAAUCAUCCAGAGAGUCAGCUGCUUGUUAUGAGCAGUGGCCCACUAACAAAGGUCGUUUUCAGAUUCAAUUAUCGGCGAAUGCAGACUCGUAUCAAGAUAAAACUCCAAGCAAACAAUCUUCAGCUCCAAGCUCUGAACCAAAGGACAAUUUGGAUCACCUAACAUCAAUGCAGCGAAAAAAGAGGCGACCUCAGAAUUUAAACCUGGGAAUGUCUCCAGAGCUUGUCCAUGAGAGAGGAGGAAGUGAUUCUACCGAAAAUGAAGCCGAGUGUCUAGACUUGGACAACAAUACAGAAACAAAUUCUGAAACAGCAAAUGAUUAUCAAUCAUUGAUGGCGUUGGCGAAAGAUGAUAAAGAACCAGAAAUAAAUCAGCCUUUUGGAGCCUAUGAAGACAGCAAACUGGAGGGUGUAGGGGCAGGAAAAAGCCUGGAUGCUUCCACUCAAGAUGUAGAACCAGUCAAACGAAGCUUGAACCAGAUUGGGCCGUCAGAAAUAAAUGGACCUGGGAAGAUAGAAUGUGAAAGUUCAUUAGCAAGUGUAAAAGGGGAGUGCGCAAUGAAAAUAAGAGGAAAGGGCUUUAUUGACAAUAAAGAGCUAGCAGAGGUAAAACUGCGACAGGUCAGAACACAUGAAAGAAAGAUAAGUAGUUCUGGUAGCGAGGAUAUUGAAAGUUUAAUGGGAGAUAGACGUCACAGGACAUCUCUGCACCGGCUGUCAGGCAGCUAUCAGUCUGAAAUCACCAGAAUUGUUCCUUUAAAGCCAGAGCGAUCAAAGAGCAUAGCAUGUAAGGAUGAGAGGGAUAGAGCAGGACAGGAUGAGCAAACACGUGUAUUAAGAAGAGAAUACCGCUGGUCGGUCGGCUCUCCAGAGGGAUCCUCAGACCUCAGCUGGACUGAUGUCGCUCCCUUUCAUCCAUCAUUGGAAGCCAAUUUGGAGAAAAUCACUAAAGAGGAGCAUCCCGAUGACAGCUUUCAUCCCAGCCGAGGGUCCUCUGAAAGUCAGAUGUUUUCCUCAAAAAACUCCCCUCAUUCUAAAAUGAUUCCACCAGCACCACCAGUAAAAACCAAGAAGGCUCGUGAAUCAGGACUAAUACUGCGGAAUAGCAGGAAUGCUGUCAGAGAGCCGAACCAGCAAGCGGUCAAGAAGAGACACUCGGAGCCUGUCUCUGCUCCCUUUGUUUAUGAUGAGCCAUUUUUUGAUGCCAAGAAGGAGCUCAAUGACAGGAGGCCACAGACGAUUGUAGUCCCAGAGGAGGAACAGGAUCAGGAUACUGUGGCCUGCUUGAAAGAGGCCAUUCUAGGCAUUGAGCGCAAGUCCUCCAGUAUGACUGUGAGCUCCACAUCCAGCCUGGAGGCAGAGGUCGACUUCACUGUUAUAACAGACCUGCACUCCUGCGUGGAGGAUGCCACUGAAGGCAUGGCCUAUCCGGGGGUGAGAGAGCAACAACCCGAGGUGGGACGGGAAGACUUUGAGGAAACAUCUCGGUUCUACUCUGCACGUCUAAUGGGUCAGAUGGAUAAAUCUCCCUUAGAGGAUAAACUUCCUGAAGAUGGACUGUAUCAUGAGCCCCCUGUGGUCAGAAAAGACCCCAGUGCUGUGUCAAUGGCCCAGAUGCUAAAAAGGUCUGACUCCAAGCCAGAGUCUCACACAAAUGGGUCAGAAGUUCAAGCAACUGUCACAACUGUCACACCACAGAGGCUGUCCUUCACACGCGAUCCUUCUGUUAGCCUUAAAGAAAAUGGCUCUCCUGUAAAAGCCUGCACUAAAGGUCAAGAGUCUAUUGUGUCCCCAUUGAACAUCACUGCAGAAAGUGUCACGACUGCAACCACAACGCAAGUAACCAAGACUGUCAAAGGAGGCUACUCGGAGACCAGAAUUGAAAAGAGAAUUAUUAUUACAGGAGAUGAUGAUGUCGAUCAGCAUCAGGCCCUUGCUAUGGCAAUCCAAGAGGCCAAGCAGCAGCACCCUGACAUGCUUGUGACAAAAGCAGUGGUUAUAAGGGAAACUGAGUCCCCCACUGAGGAUCUACAGCACAAGUCGUGAUUGGUGUUAAUGGCUCCUGAGGCGGAGGGCAUGAGAGGAGCCGCCCCGAUGCAGCAUGUCACAAACCUGUUAAGAGGACUAUCAGGUCUUCUAAGGUAUACGCUUGAAACUGAUCCACAAAGCGGUAGAUCCCCGCCCGUCCUUUGUGACAAACCUACUGUGACCCGGCCUCUGACUUGAUCCGGACUCCCUUGCUAUCACAGGCUCUCCACUCUUAAUUUGUCAGGAAGAAUCACCGGCUUGAGAAUGAUUUGCUUUGAAAUAUUAUUGAGUCAUAGUUUCCUUUUUCCAGAUUUUAUGUGCUGUAUUUAUGUUUCACUGCGCACCCCUGCUGCAUUAUUCUGUAUUUAAAAAUAACUUCCUUGUAUAUUUCAAACCUUCCUUGUAUCCUUAUCAUGAAGUACACGCAACAAUUGUAUACAGUAUUUAACAAAUGUUUUUGGAAGAAAGAAUGGGUACAAUCCUGGUGGUGCAGGUUCCACAGUGCUGUCAUGCGCCUUCAGCUGUCUUACAACCUUUUUACAUUUUUAUCUAAUGAGAAUCAAAUUUAUGCCCAUUGUUUGCAAGAUGCAGUAAGUAAAUAUGUACAUUAUCAGAUUACUAUAUCCUGCAUGAUUCAAAAGCAAAAACAGCAGAGGGAAUUAAAAAAAAUAUAUAUAUAGCUACAGUAUACAGAUGUCAUCGUGUUAAUGAGAAAUACUUUUUUUGGGGGAAAAAAUGCAGGUGUACAGAGCAACACGUGGGUAAGUUCUUUGUGCCAAUAGAUAGAGGCAGUCGAUUGUGGACUAAAGAGACAUUUAAAUGUGACUGCUUCGAAACCAUGAUAUGGCAACUAUUGUUCUUUCACCACUUCUGCCAUAAUCAUUAAUACUUACUUUUAAACGGUCUGUUUUAGGUGUGGAAUUUUUAGACGCAAUUUAUCAUAAAUGUAUAUUUCAGAAGAUUUAAUUUUUUUCCUUCUAUCUUAUUUACAAAGGAAACAGUUUCGUUUAGACGAUCCAAUAUUAUAGAAGUCUGAUUUUUUUUCUUCUUUUUUUAAUCUUUGGCAUUCACUCUUGGGUUGUAAACAUGCUUAAAUGUCAUUCUUUAUGGUUUUGUUGGGUGCUGACUGCUGCCACUUGUAAAAUGUUACUUAGCUAAAUUGGAAAUGUCCUCUUAUCCAGAUUGGCAUUAUAAUAUGAAGAAUGGAUAGACUCGUCAGAAACAGAUUAUUUCAACGUUGUGACAAUGACUCGAAUAACAGACAAAGACACCUGGUGCUUGGUAAUUUUUUGUGGGUCAAAUGUCCCCCAAAUGUCAGAGAGAUCCAAAUCAAUACCCAUUUCACACUAACUCUGAGUUGAUCAAAUUCUAAAGGAAAUGGUUGAAUAAUCCUAAAACUUUGCAUAAUAACACGUGACAGGUUUGCAUCGAUCCAUUCAAGCAUAUUUCUGUGUCAAUUUCUGUAAACUGAAAAGUCACUCUUCUACAGAGUUUUGCUUGUUGCUCAGCUGUAUUCUUAAAAGUACAGCAAAUGAGUUCAGACUUGUAUUUAUAGAAGUUUGGGGUUCUGUGGCAUAUGCUUCCUCAAGUUUAAAAAAUGUUAAAAAGCAUAUAUCUUUGGAUGACUUUUUGUACUAUACUAUGCAUUACUAUCAUCCACCUGAAUCUUACUGACAGAGCCUGAGCCAUUAUAGACCCUACUCACAUGACGUCACAACCACUCCUCCGCACCAUAUUGUCCGUCAGCUCGUCGGGUUGAAGCAUUACCGCUACGUAAAUUCCUCCUAUUAUGGCGUGUUUUUCUGCUCGUUAACAUUAAUAAUCAAAAUGGUGAAGGCGUGUGUUGUGGUUGGUUGCAAUAACAGAGAAGAUAGACGGAGAGACUUGAAGUUCUCCCAUAUUCCAAGAGACCCGGAGAGGAGAGCGAGAUGGACUGCUGCAAUUCGACGAGAAAACUGGGCACCAAACGAUCACUACAGAUUAUGUAGUAGUCAUUUGGUCAUCUGGUAAGAUGCAUUUAAUAUAUAUAUAAAGGGUUUUGGGCUGACAACCACAAUUAAGAUCAUUGCGAGGCUAAUCGCUGACAACAUACAGUUUCAAAUUCAAGAUGCUUAUUUCUUCCACCAUCAUUAUUUUUUGGAUAAUAUUUAGCUGGUACCAAGUGAAAGAAGUUAAACAGGUGUGUCCAAACCUUUUGCAAAGGGGGCCAGAUUUGGUGUGGUAAAAAUGCGGGGGGCUACCUUGGCUGAUUUACAUAGAACAAUAUAUGUAAACAAAUUUUAGCAAGCCCUUCUGUAUGUCACAUUUGCUUUUUAAAUUUUUUUAAUUCAUAAUUUCAACAAUCUUGUCUUUGUGGCGUUCUCUUUCGACACUCGGGCUCUUGCGAAAUACUGCUGCUGUGAAAUUAAACUACCUUCAAGUUGCUAUAAUUUCCUGCUGCGUAUCUUACCUGUAAUGUUGUCGUACAUGUCAGCGUGUCUUGUUUGGUAAUAUUGCGUCACAUCGAACACUUUGAAAACAGCGACUGUCUCUUUGCAAAUGAGGCAGACACAGUUGUUGCGUGUUUUAUUGAAGAAAUAGUCCAAUAUCCACCUAUCCUUUAAGCGUCGGCCAUCGCAGUCAACUUUUUUGUUAUUGAUUGUCGCCAUUUUAGAAAAUUGGAAGUAAAGGGUCACACAGGGUAACGUUGCGUAGUGUGCUGCUCUUAAAGUUUUUCAAACUUUCGUGAGAAUAGGCUGAUUUUGUGUGGACAAGAUAGUUGUAGAUAUCAGGGUAGCAGAUGUCAGGCAGAGAGGGCGAAGACAGCGGGUCGAAAAAUAUCGAUUUAGGCAUCAAAUAUGGAUCUGGCGAAUGGAUAGACUGAAGCUUUUCCACAUAACGCCUUUUAUGCAACGCAUCCAAUGAGUUUACAGUGUCUGAAAGCACCGGGGCUCCCAUGAAUUGCACUAUAAAUUGCACGACAAAUUGAAACCAUUGAGAAUACGGAUAAACAAUGACGGACAAUAUGGUGGCCGGAUACAGCGAAACAUCAUUGUGUGACGUUGGUGACUAGGGUCUAUAGCCGUGUUGCUGUAAUGUUAAUCUUGCUACUGGUGAGCGAAGCAGUUCACUGCUUGACAAGCAGCGCUUGUGAGAUUUGCAAUAAGCAGCCAUUUUUCUCAUCACCUGUCUUCUAAAGGGAAAAAACUGUGAACUAUCAUGCGAACUGAAGCGUACAAAAGCUAUAGCACAUAGUCAGAGAUAGACCAAACAGACCCCGCCAUGGCUUUUGACUAUUUUGUCAUUUUUUUUCAAUGUCCACAUCCUGUCCCAAAGCCAUGGGCAAAAUAAUGUAUUUGCUUUAGUAUUGGACAUACUACUGAUGGGACACUAAUAGGCUGCACAUGCUCUCCUGAGGUUACAAAUAUAUUUAUAAAUAUUCAUAUUUCUGAGUGUUAUCCUGUAAAUUGUCAUGUUUGAUAUACAUACAGUAGGUUGAAAUUUAUCAGGUUGUGAAGGGAUGGGAAUUUAUGUUUAAAUGAACAGACAAAAAAGCACUUGUAUGGAAUGUCACAUUAAUGGGUGCCUUAUAUUUUGAGUUGUACUCACAGGAACCAGAGGCCCAAUUUACAUGUGCUGAUGAUCGAGGCAAAUACAAAGCUACUUACCGGUAGUUCACACUGCCACUGUAAGGAAAGGAUAUGACAAUAUAUACUGUACUUAUUUAAAAAAUGGAAACUGUAUAGUGCUUAGCGAGAAUCAGAAAUGUGUAUAGUACAAGUAGAGCCCUGUAUUCAUUAGUACAGAUUAUGGAAAUAAACUUUGCUCAGUCAGAAGCUUCAAGAUGGCGUCAACCUUAAUUCCUCAAUUAUUUUGUAAUACAUUCCUUCAGUGCAUGGUGGUGUGUAUGUGCUGUAUUUGCUUUCAGUCGAAAAUGAAAAACAUACAUGCGAAAUAAAUGUCUCAGUAUGGUUCAAA